UGUACACUUGCCUGGGCCCUGUAUGAUGGGAUGGCGGAACUGCCCUCGUGGAUCACGCCCAACGCCAAGCUGGUCUACGUGUCCAGAUCGAGUGGCAAGGAGAUGGAUGUGGUGGUCAAGCGCAUCUCAAAUUCCCAGAAGGCGGUGUGCCUCCUCUUCGGGAAGAAUGAGAUGCUCGUUCCCUUCAGUCAGAUCCUGGAAAAGAACCCCCUGAAGCUUCGAGACCUCGAGGAGGUCGAGGACGAGAUGGAGAAGUUCUUCGAGGCCACCGAAGGCAAAUGGUUCGACAAAGCUGAGAACCUCGAUCCCAAGGUGCGCCUCGGCAACGACAAGGGCAAGUUCGCCUUUCAGGGCCCCACCGCGCCGCCCAUGAUGGAGAUCCAGAGCAGCCCAGAAUCGGAGCCGGAAGAAAGGAGGCCAAAGAAGGCCAAGCUGGCUGAAGAUGGCAUUCCUCCGCUGCAGGACCUGAGGGACAAAGGCAGUAAAAAGAAAGGAAGGAAGGAGGCAAAGGAGAAAGAGACCCAGGCGAAGGAGCCCAAGACGUCGAAAGAGAAGGAGAAAUCGAAGCCAAAGGAGAAGGACGCCAAGAGGGAGAAGGAGAAGGUAAAGAAGUCCAAGAAGGGUGAAUAGACAAACUUCAGUAGAGCCCUGUGCCCUGGUUUCAUGUUGCUUUGCUUGGGAAGUCCACACCAUUGUCAGCCAAGCAGAUGCGGCGUGGGCGCCAACUAGCUGAGGGCCGGGGACCCAUCGUGAUUUGUGCGCGGAAUGUGGCAUCUCACCCGGCAUGAGGAAAGAUCGUCUGUGUGCCACACUGCGCUUUCUCCAGA